CGCCCCUCUUUCGUUCCUCCCUUGGCGGAGAGGCGACGUCGGGGAGGAGGAGGAGAGAAAGGGGAGGGAAAGGGAGGACGAGGAGGACCCCGCCUUCUUCUGCUCCGGCUUCUCCUUCCAUUCAGCGCUCGGAGGGAGAAGCGAGAAGAGGAAGGAGCAACGAUGGCUCUGGACGGUAUUCGGAUGCCAGAUGGCUGUUACGCGGACGGGACGUGGGAGCUCAACGUCCAUGUCACAGACAUGAACAGGGAUGUAACUCUGAGGGUCACUGGGGAAGUCCACAUUGGCGGUGUCAUGCUGAAAUUGGUGGAAAAACUUGAUGUCAAGAAAGAUUGGUCUGACCACGCUUUGUGGUGGGAAAAGAAGAAAACCUGGCUCCUUAAAACUCACUGGACCUUGGACAAGUAUGGAAUACAGGCCGAUGCGAAACUACAGUUCACUCCUCAACACAAACUGCUCCGGCUCCAGCUUCCCAACAUGAAAUACGUGAAGGUGAAAGUCAACUUCUCUGACAGAGUCUUCAAAGCCGUGUCUGACAUCUGCAAGACCUUCAACAUCAGACAUCCAGAGGAGCUCUCCCUCUUGAGGAAGCCUAGAGACCCAACGAAGAAGAAAAAGAAAAAGCUGGAUGAUCAGUAUGAUGACGAAACGCUGGAGCUGGAAGGGCCGCUCAUCACCCCAGGAUCAGGCUCUGAUGUUCUUUACAUUGGUCCAGUGAAAGGGAGCAUUUAUUCAAGCCCAGGGCUUUACAGCAAAACCAUGACCCCAACCUACGAUUCUCACGACGGGAGCCCCUUGUCUCCAACCUCGGCUUGGUUCGGGGACAGCGCUUUGUCAGAAGGGAAUCCGGGCAUCCUUGCCGUCAGCCAGCCCAUCACCUCCCCAGAAAUCUUAGCCAAGAUGUAUAAGCCACAGACGCUUCUGGACAAGGCCAAGAUCAACCAAGGGUGGCUCGAUUCUUCCAGGUCCCUUAUGGAGCAAGAUGUGAAAGAGAACGAAGCCUUGCUUCUCCGGUUCAAGUACCACAGCUUCUUUGAUUUGAAUCCUAAGUACGAUGCCAUCAGAAUCAACCAGCUGUAUGAACAGUCCAAAUGGGCUAUUCUCUUGGAAGAAAUAGAAUGUACAGAGGAGGAGAUGAUGAUGUUUGCAGCAUUACAGUACCACAUCAAUAAGCUAUCGAUCAUGUCAUCAGAAAAUCACUUAAACAACAGCGACAAAGAAGUGGAUGAAGUGGAUGCUGCACUCUCUGACCUGGAGAUUACCCUCGAAGGCGGGAAGACCUCCACGAUUCUGGGUGACAUCACUUCCAUCCCAGAGCUGGCGGACUACAUUAAAGUAUUCAAGCCAAAGAAGUUGACCCUGAAGGGUUACAAACAGUAUUGGUGCACCUUCAAAGAUACCUCUAUCUCCUGUUACAAGAGCAAAGAGGAAUCCAACGGCACUCCGGCUCACCAGAUGAACUUGAGAGGGUGUGAAGUGACUCCUGAUGUCAACAUCUCGGGCCAGAAGUUCAACAUAAAACUCUUGAUCCCAGUUGCUGAGGGCAUGAAUGAAAUUUGGCUCCGUUGUGAUAACGAAAAGCAGUAUGCACACUGGAUGGCCGCUUGCCGGCUGGCCUCCAAAGGCAAGACCAUGGCCGACAGCUCCUACAACUUGGAAGUCCAGAACAUCUUGUCCUUCCUGAAGAUGCAGCACCUGAACCCCGACCCUCAGAUCAUCAGCGAGCAGGUCACAACGGACAUCAACCCCGAGUGUUUGGUUUCCCCGAGGUACCUGAAGAAGUAUAAGAACAAGCAGCCAAGCCAUAUAAGAGACUUGAUCACGGCCCGGAUCUUGGAAGCCCAUCAAAAUGUGGCCCAGAUGAGCCUCAUUGAAGCCAAGAUGAGAUUCAUUCAAGCCUGGCAGUCUCUACCGGAGUUCGGCAUCACCCACUUCAUUGCAAGGUUUCAAGGGGGCAAGAAGGAGGAGCUGAUUGGAAUCGCUUACAACCGGCUCAUCCGGAUGGAUGCCAGUACCAGUGAUGCCAUCAAGACGUGGCGGUUCAGCAACAUGAAGCAAUGGAACGUGAACUGGGAAAUCAAAAUGGUGACGGUGGAGUUUGCCGACGAGGUCCGCGUCUCCUUCAUCUGCACCGAAGUGGAUUGCAAAGUGGUGCAUGAGUUCAUCGGCGGCUACAUCUUCCUCUCGACGCGGGCCAAGGACCAGAACGAGAGCCUAGACGAAGAGAUGUUUUACAAACUGACCAGCGGCUGGGUGUGAGCCGGACGGACCCUUUCUGCCACGCUGACGUCAGACUCGAAAUGGCCAUAUUAAUAUUUAACUUCAAAAGCUGUUAUUUGAAAUAUGCUGCUUAAUCAAGUUAAGCUUGAAGUGUAUCUUUUUCCCUCCUCUUUUCUUAAAAAAAACAACAACAAAUCAUGGAAACCUCUGCCUUAGCAGACCGGUCCGUUUGUGCUGGAACGAGACCAUAAUAAUAAUAGUACGGACCGUUCGCUUGUGCCUCUUUUCCUCCUGAGCAAAGGAGCUGCCGAUCAGGUCAAUUGUUUCUUACCGUUGUAAGCUAACCAAACCGAUCAGGUCGAUUGUUUCUCACCGUUGUAAGCUAACCAAACUGACGAAAUAACCCUUAAGCCAUUUAAACUCUUAAAGAUACCCAGGGCCUAGUCUAUAUGAAGUCUAUUUAUCAUGUUUAAUGCAUGUUUUGUGAGGUUUUUUAAAAAAACGAAUAGAUAUAUAUAUAUUGUAACGUGGACGGUCCCAUGUGUUCCUGCCUUUCGGUGUGCAAUUAGGAAGGGCUUUCGCACGGACUCCUUCCUGUUGCGCAGCCAUGGUGCUCAGUGUAUGAUGAUGAUGAUGAUGUCCCUCGGCCCUAUGUUUUCCACACUACAUAUCCCAGGCCCUUGCAGGAGGAGGAGCCUGGCGCUUUGACCGAAGCAAUCAUGCGUGGCCUUAGAAAAAUAGAAAAUUACUCCUCUGUUUUAAGGUUUUAAGCCCUCUGAAGCAGGUAGGUGCAAACUUGGACCCUCCCUCCAGGUGUUUUGGACUGCAACUCCCACAAUUCCUAACAGCCGGUAGGCUGUUAGGAAUUGUGAGAGUUGCAGUCCAAAACACCUGGAGGGCCCAAGUUUGCCCGUACCGGCUCUAAACUUCCCCAUUUGAUAACCAUGUAUAUCUUGUGCGCGUCUGCCUCUCUCCUUUCUCUCUCGACCCUUUCUCUCGUCUCAGAUUUAUUUUUUAACACCGUAUUGUAUUACAAAACACCUUUAGUAUUCACCAGCAUAGCCACUUCUGUGUACCUAAUAAGACGAUUAUGCAAAAACGUUUUUCAUUACAAUAUGAAGUAAAAGGUCUAUGAAGUAAGUAUAAGGAAUUUUUGUGCGUGCGUGUGUGUGUAACUAAUGUAAAAACACAAAUUUUAUAAAAAGUGUACAGGUUGUUCGUUCCUUUUGAAGAUGAGUUUCACAAGCCAAAGUAGGAGCUGCGGUAGGAGCGACCAUUCUCGGCCUUAAUACAGUCUUGUUUUGUUUUUUAACCUUAAGUUAAAAUUCCUGAUUAUUAUUAUUAGGUCAUAGCUGAACCCAGAAGCCCUUAAUGAGGGAACUCAGUUGCCUGGAUGGAGUUGGGAUUUCCCACCCUAAAAAAAGUUAACCCUAUAACAUCCCAGGGAGACCUCAACCCACCCAAUGCCAAGGCAGAAAGCAGUAUUGUGUUCCCUCGCCUGUGAGAGAAUGACUUAUGUACAAAUGCAUUGUAUUUUAAAAUAAAGGUCGGAUCUUUUAUUUAA